AUGCACAUUUGUGCAGAAACUAUCGACUUUGAUCUUCACAACUACGUCGAAGAGUUCUUCUCGGUGGAGAGCUUGGGUGUGGCUGUUGCUCCGAAUUUGGAAGGACUAGAGGAUCAACGAGCGCGACGAAUUCUACAGGAAACGACGGUGCAGAAAGCAAAUGGAAGAUUCGAGACGAGUCUGCUGUGGAAACAAGACGAUAUCGAUUUCCCAGAUAGCCGCCCGAUGGCUGAACGUCGGCUGAAGUGCCUCGAGCGUCGGCUGGCGCAGAAUUCAUUACUGUACGAUAGCGUUCGUCAACAGAUAGCUGACUACCAGUCCAAGGGAUAUGUUCACGUGGUCACUGAGGAGGAAAUGUCCAGUUUUGAUCCACGCCGGAUCUGGUACUUGCCGCUCGGGGUUGUGCUGAAUCCCAACAAACCUGGGAAAGUGCGAGUGAUAUGGGAUGCGGCAGCCAAAGUCAACGGGGUCUCGCUAAAUACGAUGCUAUUGAAGGAGCCGGAUCUGCUGACCCCACAAUUGACCGUCACGUUCAAAUUCCGUGAGCGAGCGGUGGCAAUCUCCGGCGAUAUCCAGGAAAUGUUUUUGCAAGUCGGGAUCAGGAGGCAAGAUCGGAGCGCACUACUAUUCGUUUUCCGAAAUUCCCCUUCGGAGCCCAUGGUUACGAUGGCAUCAGACGUGGCGAUCUUCGGAGCAACUUGCUCUCCAUGUCAGUCGCAAUACGUCAAGAAUCUCAACGCGUCGAACCACGAGGAACAAUAUCCAAAUGCUGCAGCAGCGAUCAAAAACAGGCAUUAUGUUGACGACUACCUGGACAGCGUCGACACCGAGGAAGAAGGAGUUCAGUUGGCGUUAGAAGUCGCGGAAGUUCACCAAAACGCCGGGUUUCACAUUCGAAAUUGGGUAUCCAACAAGCCCAAGGUACUGGAAGCGAUUGGAGAAGUCAAACCGGCCACUGUGAAACACUUAACGAUGAACAGUCAAAGCGGAUUUGUGCGAUUGCUGGGAAUAUCAUGGAUACCCGGUGAAGAUGCUUUCUGCUUCAAUCUCAGCCUGCAAGGAGACCUUGAAGAACUGGCGAAAGGUGAAAGAGCUCCUACCAAGAGGAUGAUGCUCAGUCUCCUUAUGAGGAUCUACGAUCCUUUGGGUUUAGUGGGGUCGCUAGUUAUCCAAGGCAAGAUACUAUUACGGGACGUGUGGAGAGAAAAGGUGAAGUGGGAUGAGCAGAUUCCUGAAGAUAUCUUCGGGCGGUGGAAGUUGUGGCUGCAAGCACUGAAGGAUUUAGACAAGAUUAAAAUCCAGCGGUGCUACUUCCCUGGAUACGAUCCGGACAACUAUGAAUCAUUGGAGCUGCACAUUUUUGUAGACGGCAGCGCACAAGCAUAUUCUGCGGCUGCGUACUUUCGCAUCCGUGACAAAGGGCAGAUACGGUGCGCUCUGGUUGCUUCCAAAACAAAGGUUGCUCCUCUGCAGCUUUUAUCAAUCCCCCGUAUCGAGCUGCAGGCGGCGGUCAUUGGCGCACGGUUGCGCAGAACAAUAGUGGAAGGACACUCCGUUAAAGUGAAGCGAACAUGUUUUUGGGGCGAUUCGAGCAACGUUAUCUCCUGGAUUAGAUCGGACACUAGACGCUACCGACAAUAUGUAGCCUUUCGCGUCAACGAGAUCCUGAGUCUAUCGAUGGUUGAAGAGUGGCGAUGGCUGGGAACAAACAAAAACGUUGCUGACGAGGCGACCAAGUGGGGCAAAGGGCCGAACUGUAAGCCGGACAGCAGAUGGAUGCGAGGUCCAGCGUUUUUGUAUGAAGAGGAGAAUAGCUGGCCAAAGGAUAAGUCGGAUACAGUGAACGAAACGAAGGAAGAGUUGCGUCCAGCGUUCAUAUUCAGUCACCUAGUGACCGUUCCAGUAGUUGAUGUCGGCCGUUUCUCGAAGUACGAACGACUGCUGCGAAGCAUCGCAUACGUGCACCAAUUUUGUGACAUCGCACUGCGGCGAGCAAGAGGUGAUCGCCGAAGUUCUACAGGGGUGCUGUCAAGCGAGGCUCUCCAGAAAGCUGAACGAAGUUUGUGGCGUAUGGCGCAAACAGACCAGUAUCCAGACGAGGUGGCAACAAUGACGAGGAAUGCCGAAGUGGAAGAAGAUCAGCGGAAGGCGUUGGACAAAAACAGCUCGAUCGCGAAGUUGCCUCCACGGCUAGACGAACACGGCGUCUUACGCUUUGAUAGCCGCAUUGCAGCGGCGGAAUUCGUAAGCUAUGACACUAGAUACCCCAUAAUUUUGCCAAGACAACACCAGAUCACUCAGCUGAUCCUGGAUUGGAACCAUCGUAAGUUUCGGCAUGCGAAUAACGAAACAAUCGUGAAUGAAAUUCGCCAGAAAUUCUACAUUCCGAGGCUACGCGUUGAAGUACGUUCUGCAGCUAAUCGCUGCCAAUGGUGCCGUGUCUACAAGGCUACACCAGUUCCACCGAAGAUGGCACAACUCCCGAAGUUCCGGAUUACACCAUUUCUACGACCAUUCACGUUUGUGGGGAUUGAUUAUUUUGGACCCUACUGCGUAAAAGUAGGCCGCAGCUCAGUCAAGCGCUGGGUUGUCCUAUUUACGUGUUUAACCGUUAGGGCAAUCCACAUGGAGCUAGCAUACGGUUUGACGACUGAAUCGUGCAAAAAGGCCAUCCGGCGGUUCAUUGCCAGGAGCGCCGCAAGAGAUUUAUACAGACAAUGGCACAAAUUUUAUCGGCGCAAGUAG